UUAGUGCAUAUUAAUUCCUUAGCUUAUACUUUCUAAUAAAAUGAUAAGUUGUUGAUAAUGUAAAAGUAUAAUUAUAAAAAUAAGGAAAAUGUUUAUGGUAAAAAUUUAAAACCUGUCGUAAUUAAAUAUUUGAACAGAAAAAUUGUUUACCUUAAUAAGUAUUUGUUUCUGUUUUUGAACAAAGCUGGUGAAUUUUCCGGAAGUAUCUAGCUGACUUUAUUCAAAUACCUACACACUGUGUGUUAUUUUUCUCCUAAUUGUUAUAUUUAUCGUUUUAUCUGUCUCCAUUGCGAUAUUUGAAUUUAACAUAAAUCAUACUUGUAAUCACUAACUUUCCCAUAAUGCUGUAAAAAAUUAUGUGUAUUAUUUUGGUAAAUGUUGCUAACAUUUCCGGUUUUCCGAACUCAACCUCACCCCCAAAGCUUUAGGCUUUAGCCACAGUGAACAGUCUAACUCUAGUGUCUACACUUAAAUUCCAAGAGCAGCCCCCACCCUGCCCCAUGCACUAAUAAUGCCAGUCAUAGUACAAAAUGCUAGUUUUUAUUUUAAUAUUAAUUCCUAAUUUCGGGUAAUACAUUAUCGAGGUGUUUUUUACGUUAGAAGUUAUAGAUAUACUGAUAAUAAUGAGAAUUGUUUGUUAAUUAGUGGAGCAAAGCAAAAUAUAGUUUAUUUUGGGUGUAGUCUUGAACAAUAGCUUCCAAAUGCAUUUUUGGAUAGAUAAACGACAAAGCCAGUGUUAUAGUGGUCGUCAUAGGGUGCCAUCAUCUUUGUCUGCAGGCGGAUUGGGCCGAUCACGCGGGCGUGUUGGCGUGAGUGCGCCGGGAGGGCGCAAGGGCAUGGCGGCGCCCGUGCACCGCUUUGUGCCCGUCGACUGCGCUCCCAGGCGACCACGAGUACCACGCGCCACUCAGUAUGGCCCUCCUCCAAUACCUCAAGUGCAUACAUCCAGGCGAACAGAAGAAUCAAUGUAUGUCGAAAUUCCCGUGGAGCCCCCUCAGCCCACUAUCGCCAGUCUGGCGGCGGCUCGCAGCGUCACCCCGGACACCCUGCUCCGGACCGCGGCCCUAGGACUCCAGCACUCCCCCAUGAUGGCCCCACAUCUGAAGUUUGGCAUACUCGUGUCUCUCGCUUUAGCCACUCUCUUUAUAGCAUGUGUUAAAUACUACUUCGAUCGACAGAUGAUUCACGACGCGGGCAACAGCGACGCAGGCGUGAUGUGUGCGGCGAUAGCGUGCGUGUGCGGGGCGGGUUGCGCGCUGUCCCGCUGUCGGCCCAGGGCUCCCGUGCCCCCGGCCUUUCCGCCAGAUCGCGUCUCCACUACGGGCACUAGGGAACGGAUGGCACCCUCUGAGCCUUCGGAAGACGUAUCCCUAGCGACCCUGCUGCAGAACUCGGAAGGAAGCGCCGGGGGCUCCUGCUCCCCCGAGGCGCCGCCGCCUUACCACAUCGCCGUUCUUCUGCCGGGAAGGGACCAGCCUUCCCCGCCGCCGCCCGCCUACAGCGCUCUCAGCUAGCUACAUUCUCCCGUCAGCCAAGAGUUCAUCAUAUAGAUCCAGGCUGCGGGACCGUCUUACGAAGAGACAUCAUCAGUUUCGGGAACCAUUUAAAUUGAGCUAGAGUUGCCAGGUGAUCAGCGUGAAGCGGCGAAAUACGGGAGUGUUCAGGUUUUGUGAUUAAGUAUUUAUUUUAUCUAUAGAAUUUAUGUAAUUUUUUCUAUAACUCGGUAUCUUAAAGCGAGAGAUUUUCGCAAUGAGUUUAUUUUUUGUUGUAUUUGCCUAAACCAAGGAAAUAAUAAAUACCACUCAGACACUCGUGCCCAUAUUUUGGUUAUAUUCUGGUAAACGAGCUGGCAACUCUAUUUUAAACCCUGUAAUAUGAAUUGAUACGACCUCACAUUAAUUAUUAUCAUUAUUUUUACCUUAACUGAUGUGAAAUAUCGGUAGGGUAUGAUUAAUUUCCUUCAAGUCCAAUACGAUACUUUAAAAAUGCUUUUAAAUAUCCGUAAUACUACUAGUGAAAGCCAUACUAGUCGUUAAUUAAUUUUAAAAUGUCAAUAAGUUUAUCAUAGAUGCAAUCGGAACUUCAAAGUCACCCCUCUGGUUUCUUUUAAUCGGCUAUUAAUUCCAUUCAUAUAAUAAGCUAAUUAAUAAACAAGAAGCGAUACAUAGUUGAAAGAUGACUCUGAGUAUAGAUAUUAGUCUUAUUCAUCUGUAAACUCAAUUUAUAUCAAAAAUAAUUGAAAUCGUUCAAUUUGUAAAAGUCAGACCCGUUCAUAAUUGUUUUUAAAAACGAAAAGUUACCACCAUGAAUAGUGGCCUAGUGGCUUCAGCGUGCGACUCUCAUCCCUGAGGUGGUAGGUUCGUGCUCC